AUGGGCGAUAAAAGAGCAAGGGAAUGCAAGCCCAAAUGGCGCCUACUUUUAGCAAUGAUUUCCCUCUUUCCAACUCUUUCCUUAUCCGAAGAUUACUUGGACGCUCUCUCAAAGAGCCUUCUCUACUUCGAGGCACAGCGCUCCGGCCGCCUGCCCUACAGCCACCGGGUGACGUGGCGCCACCACUCUGGCCUCACCGAUGGCCUCGAGCAGGGGGUGGACUUGGUGGGAGGAUACUACGACGCCGGCGACAAUGUGAAGUUUGGUCUACCGAUGGCCUUCACCAUCACGAUGCUGUCGUGGGGAGUGGUCGAAUUCCGUGAUCAGAUGGCCGCCGCCGGCGAGCUCCGCCAUGCUCUCCAAGCCAUCAAAUGGGGGACGGAUUAUUUCAUUAAGGCGCACACUAGUCCCCAUGUUCUCUGGGCACAGGUGGGUGAUGGAGACACCGAUCACCUGUGCUGGCAGCGGCCGGAGGACAUGACCACAUCCCGGCGGGCUUACAAGCUCGACCCGGAAAAUCCCGGCACGGAGGUUGCCGCGGAGACGGCAGCAGCCAUGGCAGCCGCGGCCAUCGUGUUUAGGAGAACAAACCCACAUUACGCGCACCUUCUGCUGGAGCACGCGCAGCAGUUAUUUGAGUUUGGUGACAAGUAUAGGGGCAAGUAUGACGACAGUAUAUCGGGAGCGAAGAGGUAUUACUCGUCUGUGAGCGGGUACAUGGAUGAGUUGUUGUGGGCGGCUCUGUGGCUGUACAAGGCCACCGACAAUGUACGUUACUUGAAUUAUGCCAUCGACAAUGCCGUUUCUCACGGUGGGAUCACUUGGGCCAUCUCCGAAUUCAGCUGGGACGUGAAAUAUGCCGGUCUCCAAAUCAUUGCCUCUAUGUUGGCAACGGAAGGCAAAACCGAGCAACAAAAGCAAGUCCUGAAGCAGUACCGCUCGAAAGCAGAACACUACAUAUGUGCUUGCCUGGACAAGAACAGUUUCGCUAACGUGCGACGCACCCCGGGUGGGCUCCUCUACACCCGCCAAUGGAACAACAUGCAGUACGUAUCCACUGCAGUGUUCCUACUCACCGUCUACUCCGAACACCUCACCUCAACGAACCAGACGCUCAGCUGCCACGCGGGUUCUGUAGGACCCACUGAGAUCCUCUCUUUCGUCCAGUCACAGGUGGCCUACAUUCUGGGCUCCAAUCCCAUGGGACUCAGCUACUUGGUUGGGUACGGGCCGGUAUAUCCCCAGAAGGUGCACCACAGGGGCGCAUCGUACAGAGAUAGCAGCACCGAGGUUUUUGUAGGGUGUACUCAGGGGUAUGACAUGUGGUAUGGACGCCAGGACCCCAACCCAAACGUUUUGGUUGGAGCCUUGGUCGGUGGGCCGGAUAUGAAGGACGAGUUUAGUGAUAGGAGGGGAAAUUAUAUGCAAACCGAGGCUUGCACGUAUAACACCGCCCCGUUGGUCGGAGUGUUUGCUAGACUUAGUGCACUACAACAAAAGAAUCAAUCCACUUCUACUCAUGAUUCACUUAUAUUGUCUCAACCAUUUCAUGUUAUGGAAAUUGUAUAG